UGACGUCACCGGACACCAAUGCCAUGGCCGGCGCGUGCUGAGAAAAGAGAAUGCGGGAAGAGAAGCUGGGGUGGGUGGGUGUGUGUGUGUGUGUGCAGCGCGUAGGAACGCCCGAAUGGUUCGUUGUGGUUUUGGGCAGCACACAGAUGACCGCAGACUGAUGUCUGAGCUCGGAAAGUAACCUCGAAAUGGAGUGUCACGGUGGCAGAGUCGCGGAGAGAGCGCAGGCGCGCGCCGGAAACACGCUCGAGCCGCUGUCGCGCCAAGAUGGCGACCCGAGAUCCGACUGUGAGGAAGAAGAAGCAGCAGCGACGGCGGAAUUUCGGGAUGCGCCGAGAGUCAAAGCCUCAGACCCGAAACACGGUUCCUCUUUUGUGACUAACAGAUUAGCCGAGGAACCGCCGCGGCUCAACUUUCAGAUACCGAGGAGGAACAAAGAAAAAAGAGCUCUGUUCCAGUAUUUGUCCUCAGAGUCGAGAGAGUUUGCAGAAAUCCUCAACAUAAUCACCUCUAGCCACAAGGAUCCUGCCUCGAAAGCGAACUUUGUGUACUCCAAACCUCGCCUCGUCCACAACGAGCGCCUGGAGAAAGACUUCAUUGAGAAGAGAAAAGAGCUGAAGCAGGACGGACGCACCGAUAAAGAACUGGCGGAGUCCUACUGUUUCCUGCUUUCUGAUAAGGUCCCUUUGGUUUGUGAAAAAGGUUUAUCAGUCAACAACAGCUGGAUGAGCCUUUUGGGACAUUCCACUAAAGGCGUUUAUUUGUGUCAGUUCUCCGACUUGCUACAAAGCGGCCCCCAUGAGCCUGGCUUCACCGGAGAGAUGAUCAUCUUUAAAGUGAUCAAGGGUAAAGUAAAGAGCAUACACGAUAACAUGUUAAGAGGUUUGGACCCUACACCCAAAUUUGACAGCCAUUUUUCUAAGAACGCCAACAGGGUGACGUCUCUGACGUCUUACAAGGCAUUCGAGUAUACUCAGCAAUAUUUCUAUGAGUAUGUGGAUUUCGAGCCUGCUUCCAGACCGAGGCAUGUGUGUCCAUACGCUGUGGUUUCUUUCCAGUUCAAAGCCAAAGAGGCAAUAACGCCAGGCCCCAAAGCCUCACCUCUGCAGAGAUCCAACAGCUUGCCAUUAGGAACAGGUCGAGAAAGACGUGGCUACACUGUCUGGAAAGGACACUUUGUGAAUCGAGGAAAGGAAAUGUAUCAAGCAAGCCUUCAUUCCAUUUCUCAACCUUUUCUACCUUUCAAGAUACCAGACAGGCUGGAGAUGGGUCAAGUCAUUAGACUGGAUCAAGUAAAGGGGUUAAUUCCAUCUACAAUUUUCUCCUGGGAUCUUUACUCUGGCAGCCAUGAAGUGUUCAAGAGUGGAAUGUACUGCAGUCUGUUUGAGGUCAUGGUGGAGAAAAACAAAUCCGGAGAGGGCCUGGCGGAGUUGUUUCAGGAACUUGAAAAAAAGGGAUUGGUGUUGAUGAAUAUGGUGAACGAUAGAGGUUUUCUCUUCCUUCUGUCUUCAAGCCAAAUGUUCAACUCGAACAAACGCAGAGCAGGUUGGAAAACAUCUUCUCAAGCCCUUUUCGUCUAUCAACAUGCACGGGAUGUGUCAAAAUUAUCACCUGAACCCCAUACUUCCUGCAUGCCCUUGACCCUGAUGCCCCAGGACCCUGUAAUGCCACAACUGAAUAGUUUCAUCCCAGCGUUGCACUACGCUCUCGGCAAAGUGCGCUGUAACUCUCCAGCUAACUUGAGUGCCGGAGUGGAGCAGCAGGCCCGCGAAUACCUCAGCAGCCUCCACGAAUCCAAGCCUAUCCAGCGAAUCCGACUCGAUUACGACAUCAAGCUAGACGACCGGGAGAAGCUCUAUCCCGCUCCGAGGCAGAGAUUCAACUGGGAAGGCGUUCAUUCCUACUUUUACAGCCCUGGUUUGUACACGGUGUCUGUUGAAAAAGCCAAGAACAUGGUGGAGAUGUUCAGGUGUGUUCCCGAGCCUAGUACCGGCCCGGAGACUGCUCCUAGUGACCCAGAGGGAAUGAAGGAACUUUUAAAGCUCAUUCAGAUUAAUAAACUGAAGGAAGCUAAACAGAAAGAAGUGCCACUGGAGACUCAUGGUUUAAAGAGGAAGUUGGAGGAAGAAGCACAGAACGUAAGCGCAAAGUGUUCAAGGAUGGGUACAGCCAGCAACGGAGAAGCUGAAGGAGGUCAAGCUGAGUCCUGUCAGUCUCUGGCUGAUGUGCUGACCAGCAUCGGCCUUCAAGACACAGACCUCAGGAAGGACAAGACUCAGGAGGCACUGAAGGUUGUCGAGUUACUGGACAAGCUCAGCAAAACCACUCAGGAUACAGACUUGAGGAAGGACAACUCUCAGGUAGCGCUGGUUCGGAAGAUGCUGGACAAUCUAACCAAAUCUUUACACAGCUCAUUCAUGACUAAGGCUGUCGGAGAACCGGCAAAGAGCACUGAAGACACUGAAAAGACACUGCAGGAAAACAUGACCAGCCUGGGCCUGCCCGCUAACCGUGACACUGACCUCCGGAAUCGAUUCACGGAGGAUGAAGACCAAGAAGCACAAGGGAAAAAUUAUCUUGAGGAAGAAACUGCUGGCAGCUUGAGUAGCCUGGAGGCUUUCAGUCCAUCCUCCGAUAGCAAUGGACAACACCGUGGUGACCACCUACCUGGAGAGAGAUCAAUCCCCUGGGUGCUUAUUCCCAUAACAGGUCUGAAGAAUGAGAGAUACAGCCAGAGAAGAGACGGAAUUCUUGAGGAUCCACGUUUCAUCCAAAGCCCCACGGUGUCGACUCGCACCAGUCCGGAGAUACAGGAUGUGGAGACACAGGAUGUCGCACCUCCUCAUCAGCCUGACAGCAGUAACAUGGAAGCUGAACCCGAGAUCGACUCGGUGGAAGAUCGGGACGUGGAUGUCCCCGCCGAGCCGAAAGUCUCUACUAGUCAGGAGCAGAAAGGGACACCGUUCAGCGGUGUCGACUGCAUAGUCGACGAGCAAAUCUCCGGCUUCUCGGCUGAGGUCGAGGGUCUUUUGCGAGAGGAACGUGUGUACUACGUUCCCUAUUCAAGCUCUCCGCUCUCGAGAAAUCCGCCACAGACUCCCAUGGCACCUUUCUCCGAAUACGUCUCGCAUUUCAACACUCCAUUUCCCGUGCACAGCUACAUUAAUUCAUUCAGAGAUCGAGUGAGUGCUGUUUUAGCGCCACAGAAGACGAGACAGGAUAGCACGACACUCGUUUCUUCUUCAGCUCCUGAAGUUGUUCCUGUGUCGUCAUCGUCGUUGUCUUCUCCUCUCGUUAAUGCACCUGCUCACUCCCCGAGCCCUGUCGCUGCAGUGAAACCUGCCUUUACCUUUAGUCCUCCAGCCCCUAAAGAGGACCACCUGCAACACUUGCAUGCUGUGCAAAUGAUAAAUGGGUUAACGCAGGCAGACGCAAGCACUGCGAUGAUGCGUGAAAGGCUCGAAUCUCAUCAAGGCGAGAUCUCGAACGCUUCCAUGAGCAAUCAGGUGAUCUCGGAUGCAGGAGAAAGCAUGGCUAACAGCAGAGUGGCAAGCAACGACACUACUACAUCUAUAGAACCGGCUCCAGCUGCUAUCAGCAACCUUAUUAAUCAGCUACAACCGGAGAUGAUCAAUAACCUAGUGAAGAUCAUGAGGGACGUGCAAAAGAACACCGUCCACUUCUACAUCCAUUGCGUGGAUGAGGACAGUGAUGUGUGCUGGGAAAUAAAGGACUAUUUAACAAGGCUCGGCAAUCCAGAAUGCGAUCCUCAGACCUUUCUAGAGAAAAAGGACCGUCAAGACAAACUCCUGAUAGUCAUCCAAAAUAUAGACAUUGCUGCCCACAUCCAUAAGAUUCCUGCAUUAGUGUCUCUCAAAAAGCUGCGAUCAGUAAGCUUCGCUGGAGUAGACAGUCUUGAUGACAUCAAGAAUCACACCUACAACGAGCUGUUCGUUUCUGGCGGCUUCAUCGUGUCUGAUGAAUUUGUCCUAAAUCCUGACUUCAUCACACAGGAGAGGCUUCAGGUUCUUCUUCAUUACCUUGAGGAACUUAAUACACCUGAGAGUCCAUGGAGAUGGCGGGUGCACUGUAAAACUCACAAAAAGGUCAAAGAGCAAAGCAGGUGUAAGAGUGAAGCCCUGAACGUACUGAAUCUCCUCACAACCUACCACAAGAAACAAAUAGUUGAGUUUCUGUCGUAUCACGAGUGUGAUGCUCCGUUACACCAGGCACCCGACCUGGACUGUCUGGUGAAGCUUCAGGCUCAGAACAUCCGACAGCGUCACGUAAUAUAUCUCACAGAGCGUCGCUUUGAGAUGUUUCCGCAUUAUUCUAACAGCGGCAUCGUUAUUGCAAACAUCGACGAUAUCCUGUAUAGUAUGGCCAGUCUGAUUGGUGAAGCAGGUGACAAACCAACAUCCUCGGAUCUGCAUUCCUGUACCACAUCCCCGAUACUGAGGGAAGAGGACCUGGGACUAAACUCUGAAAUUCACACCAUAGACAAGACGUCUGUCCAUGAUGAAACACCCUCAGCCUGUACAGACCCAUAUCCUUGUCCUCUAACUGAUCCCGACCCGGACAUAUCUGACCAUGCAGUAAGAGACAAAACGAUGCUAGUUACUUUACCCUCACCCACCUCUGGGAUACCGAGGGAAUUAGAUUUUGAAGCUCUGAGAGACGUAAUUUCCCAUUUCAGAAAUGCCCGCAUGCAAGCAAGUUCCCAGACAGGCCAGGCAUCACCAGCAUCUUUCAGUAACAAUGCUCCUCAAAGCUUCCUUGGACACAGCGAUGGGCCUUCGUCUGUUCCUCAGGGCUCGUCCGACAAUGACGGUCUUUCAAAUCAGUCUGCUUCCUCAUUUCAAGCUUCUCAAGGGGCUGCUGCCUCCCAGGCUUUGAGUCAAAUGGAGCAAAUUCAUCCAGAAGCUGCGUCCGCUUCAGAACAUGUUGUCAUGUCCCAGGCUCAGGACCAGGCUGGCUCUGGAACGCAAGAUGGCAUGGCUGAGGCAGCUUCUGGAGUCCUGGAGACCACAUGUAGUGACUUAGAACCUACCUGGAAUCGCACAACUGACACGGACAUCGCUGCUGAACCCCAAAUAAAUCCAAACAUUAGUGGUACUGAGAGCGGCUUAAAUCGGGAGGCAUCAGAACAGGGGACUACAAAAAACCUCGUGCCUGCUAUGAGCUCAUCUAACGCCAAGUCUGCGGAUAAUACCGUGACUAGCAGGAACUACAGCAGCCGAGGUGGUGCACGUCCAGUGCCUGGACGUUCACCUUACGGGAUAAGUACUUUAGUCGCAAUGGACCGGAUGCUGCAGAGUGGCAGUUUGUGGCCUGCUGCUCAAGCUUCUCCGAACAGCACUAUGGGACUCGGAUCCCAGCUUCUAAACAGCUCAGUGGCCAACACAUUCACACGUUCAGGCUUAAGAAGCCUUUUACCGAGCAGCAGCAUGGCCUGGAACAAUUUUGCACAAGGUACUGCGACAAACAUGUGGGGAAUUCAGCCUGGUGUAGGACUAGGACAAGUUCACCGGGCACCGUUUAUCCAGAGCUACGCCUGGCACGGGAAUCCUUCAUUCCAUGGCAGUGGACAUCCUCCCCCGAGAGGGGGUUAUGGAGGCUGGUGAGCCAGUGCGGUCUAUAAAUAAUUACAUUUUGAAACUUUUUUUUUUUCCUUUUUUUUUUUUUAAAUACUUUCUCUGACUAAAAAAAGUGAAAUCACAUUCACUACUGGAUGUGCAAGUCCUUGUAUCAUUUCACAUUUUGUACAGACCCCUAUAUUUGUAUUUAAACAUUUUGUUGAAUUGUCUGGUUUAUGUUUCUUUUUGGAAAACACUACAGGCAAUUACAGCCUUGCUUUUAAUGUUAACCUUUUUUAAUAUACAAAAGUUCAUUAAAUAAAUUGUUGUAGCAGCUGAUUAGUAACAAUGGUGCUGGCUUCCUAGUUUGGGUUACUGUGGGUGUGGAAUUUAAAAUGUUCUGUGUGGGUUUCCUUCAUCAGUCAUCCCAAAAAAUAUGGCACUUAGUUGAACGAAUGGCUGUCUUAGGAUUAAAGAUUAACAGAACCCAAAAAUAAAUUUGCCUGUACAUGACUCACUGAGACGAGGGGGAUUUAGUGAAUCCAUCACUUCUAAAUUGUUCUAAACAACCCUGAAGAUGCCAGAGUGUAAAAAUUUAAAAUGAUUGAUCGUAAUCACAUCACUAAUCACGGGCGGUACGGUGCUGUAGUGGUCAGCACUGUCGCCUCACAGCAAGAAGGUUCUGGGUUCGAGCCCAGCAGCCGGCGAGGGCCUUUCUGUGUGGAGUUUGCAUGUUCUCCCUGUGUCCGCGUGGGUUUCCUCCGGGUGCUCCGGUUUCCCCCACAGUCCAAAGACAUGCAGGUUAGGUUAACUGGUGACUCUAAAUUGACCGUAGGUGUGAAUGGUUGGUUGUCUCUUUGUGUCAGCUCUGUGAUUAUGAUCUGGCAACUUGUCCAGGGUGUACCCCACCUCUGCACAGGAUAAGCGGUUAUGGAUAAUGGCAGGCUGGCUCGGUGUUACUAAGGUAAACAGACUACUAGUGCGCUGGUAACAUCACAGACGGAUAUCUGGUUUCAACACAAAUGGCUGCACCUAGGUAAGCCUAUUUUUAGCAUUUUUUUUUUUUUAAAUAACAAUCAGGACACUUGCUAUGAUCAGCAGACGCUAUUGGGUUUUGUUUGGCUUUAAAGUGUCCCUAGGCAUGAAUGAAUGCAUGCAUUCCUACCUUGCACCAUGGUUUCCCUGAGCUAGAAAGAGCUGGAACUGGUUCUAUACUUGCGAAAGGCUGCAGUUGGUAGUUUUAAGUUAGUGUAUUUUUAAUAAACUACGACUUGUAAUUGA